GCCUAUGCACAUCUCUCUUCGUUGCAAGAAUACAGUGUUUUUUCGCUUUUGUUAGGAGCCAGUGGCAAGUCGGGAACUGGUGCACAACCUAUAACUCCUAAAAUGAUAUCAACUGUGAUAACUCCUAUGCUUGACUCGUCGUUCUACUCAUAUCUCUCAAGAUGCAAUCUGAAAACUUACACCUUACGUUUAACGAUAAUUGCAGCAGAAUUAUAUUUUCACUUGGGCCGAGAGACUGACUAUAAUACGGCACUAAACGAGUCUGCGUUGACAUCACCCAAUGUUGAGACGUACUAUAAUGAAUCAAUGAUUCUAUUCAAGAAAAUUAUAGACUCAAAGCUCUUUGAUAAUUUGUCCAACGGCUAUUUAAUGCAAAGAAUUGCGUAUGUUUAUCUGACAUACAACAGGACAGAUAUAGAUGGACAAUUACAGAAAAAUAAUCUUGAGCCAUCUUAUUACGAGUCAGAAAACCCAUUGAAAUUGCAGAUUAACAAUCCUAAUUUGGAAAAUUUUGGUCUUUCUAGAAAUCGCAGACUCGUUCUUUGGUUGCUACUAUCCAUCAAAGAGCUCAAUCCUGAUGAGCAGCCUAUUCAAUCGCAGAUGAUUGUGUGGAGAAUAGACGACCAGUUACACUCGGACUCUUCCAGCAACGCAUCCGUUUCCUGGCUUCAAAGGGAUGAUGGACUACUCGCUAAAAUCAAGUCAAAACUAGACAGCCAAAAUUUACUAGAUUCAUGAUAUACUUUCAGUUAACUGUGUA